UUAGGUGGUAUUCGUGCUGCCUUCCCUCUCCACUGGCUGCGCACGCGGCUGCGGCGUCUGUCAGAAAGCGGGACACCAAGCGUCCCCGAACGCUCCACUGAAAUGACAGUUUUUUUCCUUAGUUACUAUUUCCGUUUUUGAUUCAUUUGAGCUGAGGCAAAUUCUGUGGACAGCCAACGAUGAAGAACGCACUUAAUGGCUUAAAACGGCAGAGAAAGCGUUACAAGUACGCUAGCACAAAAGAAACAAACCAGCAGUCCCAACUGAAACUCUUCAAAUGAGUAGUGGAGCUGCUCAAAAUAAUACCAAGGAGUCAUGUACAUCAAGAUGGUGCUGACUUUCCGUGACAGAAGGUAGAAUAAUGCAGCAUUCGCUCUUACUUGUCAGGCUGAGAAUAAGACAUUCGUCACAAUGCGAGUCUGAUAGAGUGGAGUUCAUAGAGCUGUGACAAGAGGUGUGGUGACUAUCCCAUCCGAUGGAUAGUGCUGCGAGGACUGGGAGAGUCACCAGUUUCGACCUGCUGCCUCCUGGUGACUGCAAAUGAUGGAGAAGGCGGGAGGCGCCUCCUCUGAGACUGUGCUCAACACCAGCCUAGAGAGCUGCAUCCGCAAGUACCAGGACUUCGUGUCGCCCAAUGGCGGCCUGUACUGCAACUGGACGUGGGACCAGGUCCUCUGCUGGCCGCCAACCAGGGCGGGCACCACGGCCAAGCAGCGCUGUCCCAGCUUCAACGGGCUCGACCAGACCAAGUUCGCCGUGCGGCGGUGCUCGCUGGAAGGGCGGUGGGAGGGCCGCGACCCUUCGUCCCCUCAGGGCUGGACCAACUACACGCCCUGCUACCUGCCGGAGACCCUGCAGCUCAUGCGGAGGCUCUACGCCGGCUCUGAGGCCGCCGCCAAGGUGAAGCUGGAAAUCGCGGAGCGCACGCGCGCCCUCGAGAUCAUCGGCUUCAGCGUCUCGCUGGCUGCCCUGCUGGUGGCGCUCGCCAUCUUCUGCAGGUUCAGGAGCCUGCGCAACAACCGGACACGCAUCCACCGGAACCUGUUCGUGGCGAUGGUGGUGCAGGUGGUGAUCCGGCUGACGCUGUACGCCGACCAGGCGGUGGUGCGCGGGGGCGGAGGAGGCGGCGUCCAGGAGCAGCACCGCCAGGGCAUCGACAACACGCCUGUGUUAUGCGAGGCGUCAUAUGUGCUCCUGGAGUACGCCCGCACGUCCAUGUUCAUGUGGAUGUUCGUCGAGGGGCUCUACCUCCACAACGCAGUCACAGUGACGGUCUUCCAGGAGAGCUCGUUCCUGCUGGUGUACUCUCUGCUGGGCUGGGGGGUGCCCGUGCUGAUGACCGCAGCCUGGGCCGCCACCACCGCGGUCAUGUUCGGAGGCUCCAACAGAUGUUGGUGGGGAUACAAUUUAACACCGUACUUUUGGAUACUGGAGGGUCCGCGGUUGGGAGUUAUCCUGCUGAACUUCCUCUUUCUGCUGAACAUCAUACGUGUGCUGGUAGUCAAGUUGAGGCAAAGUCACACGAGUGAAAUAGAGCAGGUCAGGAAGGCGGUGCGGGCGGCGGUUGUGCUGCUGCCGCUGCUGGGGAUCACCAACCUGGUCAACAUGGCGGACGCCCCGCUGGACAGGGCCGCCUGGGAGUUCGCGCUCUGGUCCUACGCCACGCACUUCCUCGUCUCCUUCCAGGGCUUCUUCAUUGCCUGCCUCUACUGCUUCAUCAAUGGGGAGGUGCGGGCGGCCAUCGUGAAGAGCGUGUCGGUGUACCUGCUGCUGCGGCGCCACCACCAGGCGUCGGCGGGGCGCCGCAUGUCCGUCUUCUCCGGCGUCUACGUGGCGGCGAGCGCACGCCAGCCGCCCCCCGUAGCCUGCACCGCCCUGGUCGGCGCAGCUGGCGCCGGCGGCGGCGUCGCCACGCCCACAUCCAAGAAGCGCAAAAGGAAGAGAAAGUGUCGCGCUGACGAGAAAAGAGACGGCGAGGACUGUGAGGACGAGAUGGAGAAAGAGCAGGUGGUGGUGGGGUCUGUGGCGGGGCCGGUGGUGGAAGCACGGCGCAUCAGCAGCAUCACGACGAGGCCCUCCACCGACGCUGUGAGCCUGGCCAGCAGCGAGUCCGGCGCGGGGGCGGGCGCCUGCUGCGGGCUGCUGGGGGCAGCGCCGUCGGUGGCGGGGCGGCGCCGGUCCACGCUGCCGCUGGAGCUGCUGGCCGCCGACGGCGAGGCCGAGGGCGCGCCCAUCGCCGCCAUCUCGCCCUCCAAGCUGCCGCUGGGGCCCUUGCACGGCAGCCCCCUCUCGGUAGCCGGGGUUCCCGACGCGGUGUGAGGGCGGCGCUCCUGCCGGCCGCUCCUCCAGCGGCAGCUCGACGCCGCAGCGAGGGGGCGCCGACUGUCCCCUGCCCUGCGCGAAAACCUGUCAUACGAGGCGUUACGACAGAGGCCACGGCAGCGCAUGCAACAAGCUGACUUCUUCUCGUGCAAGGAGAGGUCUUCUACAUCCAUGUAUACAGGCUCAACUCCGCUUACACGCCACGUUGCCGUCGGCUGCAAGAACAUAAGAAACUGCGGCAGUGACAUACUUAACAUUACCGGUAUCUGUGAAAGAUACUGCAUGAUAUAACCCCAUUGCUGACGUAUUGACGCUGAAGGGCAUAAUAGUUACUUUAAAACAUACUAUUCUUCAUUUUACUCAGAGUGACUGAAAUUAUAGCUACAGAAAAUAUCUAAAAGAUUUCUAAAACUAGCAAGAAGAUAUACAGUACACCAAAUAAGAAAAUUAAAAUUUUCUUAGCUCUAGGGAACAGGGUCUAUAGGAGCGUCUAUUUUUGAUGACUGCCUAAUUUGUAAAUAUACUCUUAUCAGAAUUUUGUUUGAGUAUUUAUGUAAACAAA